GUCUCCGCUUUUUUCAACUCGUGACAAUGACUGGCCGUGGCAAAGGAGGAAAAGGAUUGGGAAAAGGAGGAGCCAAGCGUCAUCGUAAAGUUCUUCGUGACAACAUCCAGGGAAUCACCAAACCAGCUAUCCGUCGUCUGGCUCGUCGUGGUGGAGUCAAGCGUAUCUCUGGUCUGAUCUACGAAGAAACCCGUGGAGUUCUCAAAGUCUUCCUUGAAAACGUCAUCCGUGACGCAGUCACCUACACCGAGCACGCCAAACGUAAGACCGUCACUGCCAUGGACGUUGUCUACGCUCUGAAACGUCAAGGCCGUACUCUUUACGGUUUUGGAGGUUAAUUUCAUCACUCGACUCUGCUUAUAUCAAACAAAACGGCCCUUUUCAGGGCCACCAAAUUUUUUAUACGUGAAAAAUAAUCAAGUUGUCAUUUUCAAUCCUCACUGACACUAGCUUAAUAAAAAUUUUACCUCAAUUCAUUUAAUAUCAAUAUCCGAUCAUCUACUUCCAGCGUUCGCAAACAUCUACUUACAUUUUCAGUGUCAAGUAAUUCAAUUUUUUUAUUGUCUAUGACCAAGAAAAUUAUCUGCACAUAGCAAGUCAUUAAUUCUUGCAAAUUUCAAAAGCAUAAAUUUACUUAAGGUUUUUUAGGGUUCUGUAAAAUAUUGGUUUUACUGACUUGAAAAUUAAUGAA